GGAUGUUGGGAAUGCGACAAUAGACGGCUACGAUCGUAUUCACAACCGGGUAAUUUAUUGUCAGGAGGAGGACCUGUAGGCAGCCGCUUGGAACCUGAGACGUCAACGAAUCUGCACGACCAAGCGAUUGGUAUUGGCCGGGCCACAAGUAGUCUGAUAACGAUUUAUGUACAACCUUUUCUUUUGUACCAAAUUAUUUUUUGUUUUCUCUGAUUGUUUAAAGGAGAGAGAGAUUUAAUAUUUUCUAGUACUGAUAGUUUAACUUGUUUCUUUGUAUUUUUCAAAAGGACAAUUUGCAAGACAAACAUUGCUUGUAUUGACUUGAGGUUGUUGAGAGACGGCUCAUUUAUUAAAGGAUAGUAAUUUUAAUUCGCAUCUUCGUUUACAAAGACAUUUUACCAGGGUUGAUUCUCGAAUGGCCACCACUACUGCCACCAAGCGGAAACUUGUUUACAGGCAAGACCCCGACGGGGUGUUCCGGUUGAAGAAGAGGGAGGAUCCGAUUGUAGCAUCGACCACUCGAGAGAGAUUAGGGACGAAAUCAUCCCAUGAUUAUGUCAACGAUCUAAUCGCGUGCCUGGUUGAAGGUUUAGACACGGUUAACCCCGAACCGGAGAAAAUCGCGACGACCACAACACAAAUUAAUAAACCUACAUUGGAGGUCACCACCAAGGACAACAGACUGGCCAUUGAUUUUCUGGAGAACCAGACUUUGCUUCAUACCGAAAAGACAACGACAGCUGUAGCAGAACCCUCACCCACCUCGACUGCAUCUUCUGUUCAUAGCCAAGCUGAAUCAAACACAACCACAACAACAACAACAACAACGCCCCCUGUCAUCCACACUCAACUGCCUGUUUCGACCCCAUUCAGGACUCAUCUUUUCGACACUCCACAAUUCUUUACGUCUGAUAUGAUGGCGUACACGUUUCAUAUCCCGAGUUUUGCUGGUGGUGUGUUGAUGACAAUUGCAUUGUACUAUCUGUCACCACUCAUUGCAUACUACACUCAAUCUCUCUUGUACGUCUUACGAGUUGGAGUGAUCUGGGGAGCCAUCAUUGGUGCCGUUUGUUGGUACUUGGGAAUCAUUCGUAGUCAAGACACGGUGGUUAUCAAGCAACUUCUUGCACGCUUACAGGCGAAAGUGCCCGGUGGUGGUACAACAAUAACCCCGGUGGCGAUUGUAGAAGAACAUCACGUACACCCAGACAUUCACACUGAUGACGACAUGAAUAGCAUAUCAUCUGAAGAUCAUAAGGAUCUGAAAUCUGUAGAGAUCUCCAGAUCUGCAUCACCAACGAAAGCUGUUGCUGCUGCUGCACCAAUCACCACCAGAAGAAACACUUUGACUGAGGUGAAGCCAUUUUUCUAUACACCUCCAAAACAUCAACAACAUAUGGACGAUUAUGACAUGUCCAACCCAAGAAAGCAGUACCAACAACACCAACAACAUUACCCUGAACGGCCAAACAGUGCCUCUAAACCUGUUAUGAAUGGAGCACCUCCACAAUUGGCCCGGUAUCAAACGGAUGAACCAGUGCAUGUGCCCAGACGUGAAAGAGAAAGACGUGGUAGAAUGAAUUCAAGUUCAUCCUUGACAGAUUUGGCAGUUCCUCGAGGAGGUGGAGGAGAUAGAAGAAAUGGAAUAUUGACAUUGGCAGAAUUGGGACGGAAAAACUCGUAUCCAAUCAGUCCACAAUAUCCAACCCAUGAAGCACAAGAAUUACCAUUUGCAAAUGAAGUUAAACUUAUUUCUGAAGAAUAUGGUGAGGAUGGUAUUAGUGGGGCUGGUGUGCCCGUUGUCAAGACUGCAGAACCUUUACGGAUCGUUAAUGAUGGGAUACUUCGUCGGAAACAUGAUGUACCACCCAAAUUCUCCAAUGAUAGUAUCUCCAGACUGAAUACAGUACUCAGUAAAAAGAGUGUCUUGGGGACAAGGUCCAAUUAUAACAAAUUUGUGGCCAAUGUCCAUGGUGAUGAUUAUUAGAUGAAUUAGGAAAAGAAAUUUCAAUAGCAAGUAGAUCAUCAUCAUUGGGAGUAAAUGGGGGGCUUUGAACGGAGAUAAGCAGGAGUUAAACCAAAAGGGUUCUUUAAGUGAUGCAUAUAACAACCCAAGAGUAUCGAAGAUUUUAAUAUAAUGAAGGUGAGCAUAACCAAGGGUCUAUUUACUGAUUAUUUAGGUAUUUAUAGUACUAAUAGUACGAUGAAACGGAUUG